AUGGCUGACAACGGUGACACCCCGAAGAAGACCCCUCGGAAGCGCGCCAAGAAGGAUUCUACCCUCACCCCUGCCAAAAUGGCGGACUCUUCAAUGGAGAGUCCUACAAAGCGAUCCAAGAUCGCUCCAACUCCCCUACUUCCCCAGGGACUCGACUUGAGCGACGCCGAUAUGAAGGUGCUCAUUCUCGCGCUGUCAUGCAGUGAAGCAUUGAAGCCCGAUUACGACCUUCUCGCCCAGCGCGGUGGAUACACCAAAGCUUCCGCCAAAGUCAUUUUCGGCAAGGCGAAGCGAAAGCUGGCUGCUCACUUCGCAAAGGAGGAAAACGGCCAGAAUCUCGAAAGCGCAGGUCUCGCGCACCCUGAAGUCGCGGAGAAUACGGGUACUGUCCACCCUAAAGAGGCUCAGUACCCGCUCGACCAAGAAGUCUAA